AUGGCAGAUCCAGAUCUAACUUGGCACUCUCCACAAAUGGCAGAGGUCCGCCACCUACGAGAACGAGGACGCGCGCGAGCUGAAGUUCAAGUAUCUCCACGAACGCCUCGAGGCCACAAACCUGGUCAUAAUUUGGCGACUCAGGAUCGACAGCGAAGCAGUGACCCCCUUCGCUAUGAGACACAGAGCACCCCGUAUUGGGACGAUGCCAACGGUGUUAUCCACAACAUGCCCAGUGCCCAGUCUCAGAAUGCAGCACCGCCCCAUGCCCAGACCAUGAGUGGAGAAACACGUGAGACAAAAUAUCGAGAGCCAAACACCCCAGUUCGGCUCCCGCGUCGAGCUACCUUCAAUAAUCCUUAUCUCGAGAUCGUCGGUGAUGGACCAUAUGGACGUAACCAAGCGAUGUAUACAGCAGCAGGUAUGGCUGAGGCCGAAUCUAUAGGAAAGAGGUCCAGAAGGAGAGAUUUCACUCCGUACUUUGAUGCAGCAGACGCAAGGAAUAGUAUGGAUCUGUGCAGCUCGAAAAAAGAAGGGUUCCGUCAUGCUCUCGCGAAGAAAGACAUGAAUCAGAAACAGCGCCAGAAUACAAUAGAAACCAUGAAAGCAGCUACUGCAAAGCGCGGUAAGAGGCACACCGAGAGGACGAGCGAGCGGAGAGUUCCUCUUGGAGCUUCUAACAAGAUACGGCAUCCUACUGCGCCCGAGUUCAAAUCGAAGUUUGCUAUCCCAGCAUCACCAAAGACACCAAGAGCGAUAGCAGUCCCCGCAAGCAGACCGGCAAGCUACCAGUGGCCUGACACAUUAUCCCCGGUCCUUGAAGCACCCUCACCUUUGAAAAUCUCCUCUAAUAACGAGCCGGAAACUCUAUCUAAACACAAACGCACAUCCACACUGGACCGCAUACUCAAUCUACGUGCCGAAGAACAAGCAAAAGCCCUCGCACAGCUCCAAGGCGAGCGCUAUAAGCCCAGCAAGACCAAGGUAACUAAGCAGCACGCGCCGGACGCACUUACCGAUGGUAAAAGUGGUUCCGAAAGCCAGCGUAUAGCUCAUUUUAACCUGCAUAAAAACAAACAGCAAGCCUUUGAGUUCAUUGCCUCGCCAGUAUCUCCGGUGAGUCAGAGGCGGAAAGACAUCAGCACGAUUUCUGAUGUAAUUGCUCCAGAUAAGACAGCUAGUGCGGGUAGUAGUGUGUACAGCGGCGACGAUAACACUGAAGAAGACGAGAUUGACAGACUAUCAAAAGCCAUAGCAGGGCUACAAACAUUCCAAUAUCUGACACCCCCGUCGCUGAAAGAGGCUGAGUUCCCGAGAAGAAGCGCAAUGCCUGAGGGUUUGGACAUGAGUAAGAUUGGAGCAGGCAAAGAAGAAUCAAACAAUGGAAACGAAAUGCAACAGGUGUCCCGGGAGAAGAGCCUGGAAGAAGCACAGAUAGGGCUAUUGGAGUACUUCAAUUUCUCCCUUGAGGCAACUGAGACAAGCAAAGCGGACGCGCAGACGCCAAAGACGAGCUCAUCUCAAAAGUCCUUUACGACGGCGUCGACAGGAGAUUACGAGCGGGUCGGAUCGCAAGAGAAGCUUGGACAGGACCAAAAUGGCGUGAAGAGGCGGUGGUAUAGGGGCUUUCGGAAGGUUUGA